CUUUCCUACAUUCAAAAGUGGGGGACUAAGUCCGGGUCCAGGAUCAAAACCGCGAAAACUGUGUGAAGACGAGGUGCAAGACCGCUGUCUGUAUUGCAGGAACCAAAAUUAGGGUUCCAAACUGCAUUGGAGAGAAAGAAGAGGAAGGAUGUGGCACGAGGCGAGAAGGUCGGAGAAGAAGGUCCACGACAUGAUGGACGCAGCUCGGAAGAGAGCACAACGACGCGCCGUCUACCUCGCCAAGAGGCGAGGCGAUCCGCAGCAAUCCAUUCAGCUCGUAGGCUUUCGCUGCCGAACCUACCGAGAUGAUGCUCUCUAUCAAGCCACACAGGAUCAGCAGGGCCUGAUACCUUGGAAUGGGAAACAGGAUGUAUUGAUUGACAGAUUUGAUGGCCGUGCUCUCCUUGAUUUCAUUCGCGAUUCUAGUCAUAGACGUGCUCCAGAAAAGUCUGAAGAAGAAGAAGAGUUAGAAGAGUUUGUUAAUUUUGAGCGUUAUCGGGAUUUAGUAAAGCAUCGCCGUAGAGGAUUUACUGACGAGGAGGCUUUGCAACAUGUAAAUCAAGAGAUGGAAGCCAAGGCUGCUGCCCCGUUUACAUCAGACAGAUCUAAUUUACCACAGCCUUCUGCAAGUAAAGGAUCUUACUCACAGGUUGGGUUUUCUUAUGAUGGGAAUGGAAAAGAAGAAACCCAUAUUUCAGAUGAUGAUGAUAAUGAUAAUGAUAAUGAGGAAGAUGAAGAUGACGACGACGACGAAGAUUUUAAUAGUGAUGAUAGCAAUGAUGAAGGAAUGGAAAUAAUUGCUAAAGAAUAUGGGGUUAAAAGGUAUGGUUGGCUUGUCUACAUGGAUAAGAAAGCAAAGGAGGAAGAGAAAAGGCAAAAGGAGUUGAUCAAAGGUGACCCUGCAAUUAGGAAGCUAAGUCGUAAAGAGAGAAGGAAGGCUUCUCAGAUUGAAAGGGAGAGAGAGAGAGAAGCCACACGGAUAUCAGGAACUCGUGUGCUGCAUCAUGACCCCUACCGGGAAUCAAGGCAGAGUCCAACAUAUGAAGCCUAUUCUCGAUCUAGAAGGUCAAGGUCCAGAUCACGGUCCUACUCUCCAUCUCAUUCAAGGCGUUAUUCACGGAGUAGUCAUUCUGAUGAUAUUCACCGAAGCAAACCAAGGACACCUAAAAUAGAAUACAUAACUGAAUUUGGGAGCUCUGGAGCAGCAGAUGAACCCAGGCUUGAAGGAUUUUCUCCACCAAGAUCUCCUACAUCUCAAGUUGAUAUGUUAAACCGGCCUUCAUCUGGUUGCAUACUCGAGGCAUUGCAUGUUGAUCCUGCUUCUGGUGUAUCAAUUGAUAAGGAUAAGGGCACUAAAGUUGCGAAGCCAUCAGUAAGUGCUUCUUCAGCAUUAGCAAAAUUAAAGGCUGGUGGGUCUGGUGGGCCCUUAAAACAACAAGGGGAGAAGAAAGAAACUCCUCAAGAAAGACUUAAAAGAAUCAUGAACAGACAACUAAACAAACAAAUUAAGAAAGAUACUGCUGCUGAACUGGCCAAGAAAAGAGAACAAGAACGGCAGAGGCAGGAGAAACUUGCAGAAACAAGCCGAUUGAGUCGGUCUAGACGGCACAGCCGCAGCCGAAGCAGGAGUUUCAGCCGUUCCCCUCCAAGAAGGUACAGGCGCAGUAGAAGUCCUAGUAGAAGCAGAAGUUCCAGAAGAUAUUAUUCUAGCUCCCGAUCUCGGUCCCCUUCUCGCACCCGUUCCCGCUCACGUUCUCGGUCUCCUUAUUCUCGAUCUCCUAGGAUAAGAAACAGAUCAAGGCACUGAGGCAAAGCUCUAUGCGUGUAGAAAGGCUGACGAAGUUUGUGUUCAUUUGUUUAUAGUAUGGAUAUUAUUAAUAUAUGGCGUGAAACUGUCUUGGUUGAAGCAGCGGUAUGCUACCUUUCUGAACAUUUCAGUAUUUGCUAAUGUAUAAUAAUUUGUCAUCAUGAAUCUCGUAUCAGGUGCAUAUUUAUUGAAUCAAAUUGUA